AUGAGGAAAACUUCUUAUGCUAGUCAAAAGGAGAUCUCCGCAUCAUUUGGUUCAGAACAAAAGCCAUUCGCAAUAUGUCAAACAUGCUUCAGACCAAUAUACGAUGAAUAUAUUGUUCAGUGCACACGAUGUCAUGGAUUUAUUCAGUGUUUAGAGUGCUUUUCUGAGGGCGCUGAGAAAGGCUGCCACAUCAGAGAGCAUCCAUUCAUUGUUGUGAGAACACAGUUACCAGAAAUUUUCUCAAAAGGAUGGGCUGGAAAUGAAGAAAUGAAAUUAUUGCGCGCAAUUGAAGAAUCAGGCCUUGGAAAUUGGAGAGACAUAGCUGUAGAUAUGAAUACCAAAACUCCUGAAGAAUGUGAGAAUCAUUUUUUCUCAACUUAUCAUUCAGCACUAAAUGCUCCAGUUCCUGAACAAAAAGUUAAAGAAGAUCCACCAACUCCUGCACCAUGGCCUGAUGAAGAUGCAAAACCCGUCGAAUCUCAUCCAAGUGACGGUGCAGAAAUUAUUAUGCGUCAAAAGGGACAUUAUGAUAAAGUUACGCCAGCGGAAUACAACGGAUACAUGCCCCGCAGAGGUGAAUUCGAAACUGAAUUAUACGAUAACGCCGAGGAACUCAUAAAUGGAAUUAAUUUCGACGAAAUGCUGACGAAAGAGUACUCAUCACCCCAGGAAUUGGAAGAUGAAUUCCAAACCCAUAUCAACCACCUACAAGCCUAUAACACAAUCAUAGAAGAAAGAGAAUAUCGACACGAAAUUCUCAAAGACUACGGACUUCUCGAAGGUCCUUUCAAAGGAUUUAGGAAGAACCCUACAGCUGCUGAACAGGAACAAGAACAAACUCUACUUACGCUUGCUCCUUUCGUAAAAUUCCAAAAUUUACAAAAAAUUACGGAGUUGGUUGAUAAAAAAGACCAGCUACAACAGAUCAUACAUGAAAAGGAGUACUGGCAACAGAUAGGAAUCGAUAACGAAAGCCAAGGAAAAGCAUUCGACCAAUUAACCGAAACUUUUCAAAGAUCUCGACAAAUUACAGAACAACAUGUGAAGACAUGGAACUCUCUCGUUGAUUCUUUGACUACUUGUGGAGAUACUCAGUUGGAAUACUUCAAAAUGCUUAAUUCUGAUGAAGCUGAUAUCUGUAAUAAGUUCAAUAUGCAUCCAAAGACUUAUUUGAAUAUAAAAGACCUUCUUUUAAGAGAAUUCGAUGCAAGAUCCGAAUUAUCUCUUCAAGAUGCUAUUAAUUUCAUUCCAGAUCAAGCUGAACUAGUAACUUCUAUAUAUAAUUACAUGAAAACAGCUGGAUGGCUGCAAUAA